AUGGAGUCUAGCCAGAAAUCAUUCACGAAGUCUUUCUUUAAGACAGAGCCAGAAGAUAAUUUGGAAACCAAAGUAAAUCUCAUGAUUAAGACAAUGGAAAGAUCCGUUGAUCUUCUUCAACGGAUCGAAGCAAAGGUUGAAUUGUUAGCGACAAAGGCUGAUCUACGUACGAAUUUGAUCUCAGACAAACCUAAGAAUAAUCUUCUUGACAUGAAUAGUCCUUUUAAAACUCCAGGAUUUACUAGCUCUUUCGCAUCUUCGGAUAAUCGUCGUCCUGCUGCAUACACUCCUCCACAAAGCACCGGAGUAUCUGGUGGUAAUGAUGAUCAAACGGUCAUCGUUAAAGGAUUUGACUCUUCCCUUCCUGAGUCUUAUAUCAAGAGCUUAUUGAACCAAGUCUCCGGUGCGGCCACAGGAUGUGCUUACGUUCAUCUAAAAGAAGGAGUAGACAAGGCUUUGAAACUUAAUGGAAGUUACAUGGGAGGAUGGAAACUUGUAGUUGAAAAGGCUACACCGGUUGGUGAACGUGUUGGUCCUUCAGGCGGAGAAGGUCAAUGGCCUUAUCCCUACCGUUGUAACGGUCUCCGCCAGUGUAGCUUCUGCUGA